AUGGUAUCUUCAAAGACGUCAUCAAGUGCUAAAAUCCCACGUUUCUAUGCAGGAAGGUCAAUUUUUAUUACAGGUGGCACUGGAUUUGUUGGAAAAGUCCUUAUAGAAAGAUUACUAUCAACAUGUCCAGACAUCGGCAAAUUGUUCUUACUGCUGCGACAAAAAAAAGAUGUCGAACCGGAAAAGAGGUUACUACAGAUAAAACAAUCCCCGGUAUUCGACGUACUUCGCCAAACCAACCCGUCCCAAUUAGAAAAACUAAUCAUAAUCCCUGGCGAUAUCUCGUUACCGUUAUUGGGUAUGUCAGUGGAGUCCCUCACUAUGCUUCACGAAGUAUCUAUUGUGUUUCAUUCAGCUGCAACCGUUAAGUUCGACGAACAGCUAAAGGUUGCCGUGGACCAGAACGUUCGGCCUGUUAUCAGGCUAUUGGAUAUUUGUGAUCGGUUGCCUAAGAUGGAGGCAUUCAUCCACGUAUCGACAGCCUACAGUAACUCAGAUCACGAGACCAUCGAAGAGCGAGUGUACCCGGCGCCUGCGCCAGUACAUGAAAUCCUUGCAUUGGCAGAUUCCGCCCCACCACAUUUGCUCAAUGAGAUCAUUACCAAGUACAUAAGUCCAAAACCAAAUACUUACACGUUCACGAAGUCGAUUGCUGAAAAUGUGAUCAUGGAACACGGGAACAGGGGAUAUUCGAUCGCCAUAUUUAGACCUACUAUAAUAAUAUCAUCCCUGAAAUACCCAUUUCCUGGCUGGAUAGAGAAUCUGAACGGCCCUAGCGGUUUAGCAGUCGCCGCUGGCAAGGGCCUGCUACACGUUUUCUCGUGCAAGUUUGAUGGGAAAGCUGAUCUGUUGCCCGUUGAUAUCGCUGCGGACACUCUAAUUGCAGUGGGGUGGGCAACUGCUGUGUACAGAUUUCCUGAAGUCCGCGUAUACAACUGUAGUACAAUCGAAAAUUCUACAACUUGGAAUUCGUUUGAAGCAGCAAUACGAGUUUUUUUGCGGUCUCGGCCAUUGGACGAAAUUUUUUGGUAUCCAUCCGGAUUUAUAGUACAAAACGAAUACUUAGAUAAGAUUUUGACAUUUACUUUACAAACACUCCCGUUUUACGCCAUUGAAUUUGUCAGCAGAUUACUCCGAAUACAGACGAAGAUAGACCUAAUAAAAGUAGAUCAGAAACUGCGCGGAAUGUGUAACGUGCUCAAGUUUUUUUCAAUGCGCGAAUGGACUUUUGAGACCACCAAUUUUAGACUUCUGCGAGAGCAGUUGUCCAAGGCUGAUGCGGAGAUUUACAACUUGGAUCCUCAUAGUAUUGAUUGGCAGCAGCUGUACUACAAUUUUUCACUUGGCGUUAGGCGCUAUCUGCUUAAGGAGAAAGAUCAGGACCUGGAAAAAGCCAAACGCCGUUUGCACAGGAUGUCCGUACUGCACCAUGGCCUGAUAAUAAUUGGUGUACUUUUGUUUCUCCGUUUCCUGCUGAACAAGCCAUUGAUUCGUCAGUUCACUUUUGAGACAGUCAGGAUGCUCAUGAAUUUGUCCUUUAGCACUUAUGAAAAGAUCGGUCGGUCUUAUAAACAAGUUGUUGUAUAAGGCCCUAGCACGUACCUAUUAACUAUAAUUUCAUCUAAAAUGUUGAAUUAAUAAUAAUGCUUAAUUUAUCUUCUGUACAUAUUUUUAAAUUUUUUAUUGUUUAUUAUUCUAGCUUAUUUUUUGAAGAUUAAGUUCAUGAACAGUACGUAAAUAGUGCCGCACACAAAAAUAUGACUACUUUUCUCGCCGUGCGUCUGAUGGUACACGCCUGUCCAUGUUGGUUGCAGUGCCAUUCAGAGCUUUAAAUCGCAAAGAUCUGAGGGGCACUGCCCCUGCGCGCGUCAC